AUGAAGCUCGUUAUCGUUGCCCUCGUUGCUGUCGCCGCCGCCCAGAAUGCCGAACCCAAUGUGUGGGAUCCACCCCGUGGACUUGCUUUCCCGCCUCUGGCCGAGUGGAACUUGGAGUCCAACUGCUUCAGCUGCCUCGAUGUCGCCGCCGUGACCGAGAAGUUCGGGUCGGACGGAUUUCAGUGCUCUGCACCUCCGGGCCAAAAUGUUGACUGCAACGCUUGCUGCGCCGAGAAGACUCUCCACCUUGGGCUUAUGUGGCCGCAGCCGGUGGUCGGUUUCCCGAUCCUCUCGAUGAGCGACAACCAGCCGGCAUGCGCCUGCUGCUUCAACAAGGGCCAGUGCGACAUCCCCAUGCCCAACCAGCAGCAA